AUGGGGCGAGGGAACGGCUCCUCCACCGACUUCCUUCUCCUGGGCCUGUUCCCCGACUCCCCGCAUCCUGGCCUCUUCGUCACCAUCAUCCUCCUGAUUCUCGGGGUGGCCGUCAUGGGAAACGCCGCGCUGAUGCUCCUGAUCUGGAGUGAUGCUCGCCUCCACACCCCCAUGUACGUCCUGCUCAGCCAACUCUCCCUCAUGGACCUGACGCUCAUCUGCACCACGGUCCCCAAGACGGCCGCGGACUUCUUCUCGGGACACAGAGCCAUCUCUCAUGUUGGCUGCGGGGUCCAGAUCUUUCUCUACUUGAUGCUGGGAGUGGCCGAGUGUGUCCUGCUGACUCUCAUGGCCUUCGACCGCUACCUGGCCAUCUGUAGCCCCCUGAGAUACUCAGGCACCAUGACCCCCAGAGCCUGCGCGCACAUGGCCGCGGCGUCGUGGGCGGGGGGCGUGCUGGUCUCCCUAACGCACACGGUGUACGCCAUGCACUUCUCCACCUGUGGCUCCAGGAACAUCCAGCACUUCUUCUGCGAGGUCAUGGCCCUCCUGAAGCUCUCCUGUGAGGACACCUCUGCCUAUGAGAAGGUGGUGCUGGUGUCUGGCAUCGUCUUCCUUCUCCUCCCCUUCGGACUCAUCCUGACCUCCUACGCCCUCAUCCUCCUCGCUGUCCUCCGUGUGAGCUCCCCCGAGGGCAGGAACAAGGCCCUGGCCACCUGCUCCUCCCACCUCGGUGUGGCCAGCCUCUACUUCGGCCCGGCCAUGGUUAUCUACAUGACCCCCGGCUCCUCUCUGCCCGCACGGGUGGACCAAUGUCUUUUUGUGUUCGAUGUUAUCAUCACCCCCAUGCUGAACCCCCUCAUUUACAGCUUGAGGAACAAGGAGGUGCUGGGGGCUCUGAGGAAGGUUCUGGGGAGAAAGCUGAAGUUUAAAUGGAAAAGAUGA